AUAAUAAUUCUGUCUAUACACAUAUUAAAUAUGUUUACUCUUGUGUAGAACUUUGUAAGAUAAACUGGGGUAAUACAAGUACGCGUAAUAGCUAAUUUCACUCAGAGUACACGUAUUAGUUAUAAAAAUAAAUAUGUACAUACAAAAGACAUGGAUGUAUGUCUAUAAUGAUUCUUGAUAGCAUAAUCAUUCUCUGUCUAUCAUUAAAUUAUCAAAUACAAUUUGUUAUAUUAUUACUUAUCAUCUUUAUUCACAAAAGACAUAAAUACUCUUAUAUUAUUAACCUUUAUUUUGUUUACUUGAAUUGAACUUAACUCUUAAUAAACUAUAUGAACAACUCUCAAC